CAAGCGGAGGAGUGAAGCGGUGAAUGUGUCCGGUGAUGACCCGGCACACCGGUCGUGUCUCCACCGGGCCGCUGCUCCGCUGCCGGUUUUACCGGCUGUGAUGUCACACUGGUGCGUGUGAGUGUGCUUCUUCUGGACUCGGCUAAAGAAGAAGAUGGCCUCCUCAGGAUGUAAAGUUCCACGCAAUUUUCGCUUGUUGGAGGAGCUUGAAGAGGGACAAAAGGGCGAAGGUGACGGCACAGUCAGCUGGGGCCUGGAGGAUGACGAGGACAUGACUCUCACACGGUGGACAGGCAUGAUCAUUGGACCAGCAAGAACCAGUUAUGAGAACAGGAUAUACAGUCUGAAAGUGGAAUGUGGACCUAAAUACCCAGAUACAGCCCCGACUGUUAAAUUUGUAACAAAAAUUAGCAUGAAUGGGAUAAAUAAUUCCAAUGGGUCGGUGGAUUCACGUAGCAUACCAGUAUUAGCUAAAUGGCAGAAUUCUUAUAGCAUUAAAAUUAUUCUUCAAGAGUUAAGGCGUCUAAUGAUGUCCAAAGAAAAUGUAAAGCUUCAACAACCACCAGAAGGACAAACCUACAGCACUUAAUCGUAAUGGAUUGUGUCGACCCUCUGUCUUAAACCUUACUCUCUUAGAAAUAUUGUGUAAAAUCAUCAAGAGGCUCACUUCGCACAUCUACAAUAUCGUCUGCAAGAGCAAGAUUGGACUUUCUUAUUACGUAGCUCAUUCAUUAAAAAUGUCCCUGCAGUUGAGCACUGAAUAAUAGUAAAAAGACUUUAAGACCACAAUUAUCUGCCUUUAAUAAAGUUUCUUUGACAAUGA